GUCCAUUUUCUUUUUCACUUUCGUUUGAUUCUUUUCUUCCUUCUUCUUCUUUACACCUUCCUAUUUAUCUUUCAACUCCAUUCAACCUACAUGGGAUUUUGCAACCGUUGCGGUGAAAUUUCAAGCAGUGGAAAAUGCCGUCGCUGUGGCGGUAGAUCCGUAGCCUCCAUUGCUACCGGAUUGGGCUCCGACACCGUAUCCAUCGUCGAUAAAUGGCAAACACAGUACGCCAACAGUAUCUUAGGUCAUGAUGAGACGAUUGGAAAGACUACCAGCACGCCUUUAAUCAAACGAAACUCUACAUCCUCGGUGCUUAACCGGCCAUCCUCUUUAUUACUUCCUAAAGCCUGUGCUCAAUGCAACGAGCGGUUUCAGUAUGAUACUCCCACCUAUCUCCAGAACGAUCUCUACUACUGCAAAAGCUGUCACGAAAAGACAUUCAAUCUCGGCAAUUGUACUGCCUGUACAAAGAUCAUUUCUCAGCAAGACAGUUACAUUGAACACAGCCAACAAGUAUGGCAUGACGAGUGCUUUUCGUGCCACGGAUGUCACAUUCUGUUAAAGGAUGCUCCUAUGGUGGAUCUGAAAGGUCGUCCCUGCUGUGAACCGUGCCUUAUGAGCCAAGCUGGAAAACCACACAAUGAAGCGGCCAUUGUCCAUGCACCGAAAGCGCCAAGAAUCCAUUCCCCGCCUCCCAGCACAAUUUCUACGCCUGUUCUUUCGCCUUCGAGUCGAGCCGCCCAUAAUUUGUCACCGACUUCCACUUUGAGCAGUACCACUUUCAGUCUUCGUGGUGGUUUCGACACUUUAUCUUCCAUGUCUAGCUUAUCAUCGACGUCAUCCACGUGGCUGCCACGUGCGGCUCGAUCGUCGCGGCCUCGCAUAGACUCGCAUUUGUUUCACCAUUACCAGAAAUCACUGCAAAACAAUGCAACGUCAGAAUCCAUGGGUGCCACACCGACAGAAACUGAAAAGCCUCGGAUCCGCACCCCGCCGCUAUCGUCUCCUUCAUCUCCAAUGUCAGAUGAAGAUUCAGCACGGUCCGUCCACACGCCUUCGCCUGUGGCGCCUUUACCAGAAGCCAUUAAAAAGAACACUUCCACUCCUCUGCUUAGCAGACCCCAUCGAUCAAGGUCUUCGUCGGUCUCGCUGAAUGAUGACUUGGGUUCGCUGCGGCUAUCGUCUUCUCCGACGCUGCCCAACAUAUCAGAAGAACAUCGUAGCAGCGCAUCGACUCCUUCUCGUCCUUCUCGAUCCUGCCGCCAAUGUCAGAAGCCGCUCAGUGGGCCUCGUGUCAAGUUACCCACACCCACAGGUGAUGUCUGGUAUCACUACGAUUGUCUUACUUGCGAUGCUUGCCACCUUCAUUUUACCGAGUCCGAGUUUGUCAGUGAUGGCAAGGGCAUUUAUCACACCAAGUGCAAACCUGUUGCCAAGCCAAAAGAAAAGUCAUCGUCUCCUUCGUAUCAAUGCCACACAUGUAGCAAGCCUAUUACUGAAAAGUGUCUAAAGAAUGGCAAUCAACUUUUCCAUCCUCAGUGUUUCUUAUGUGCUGAAUGCCACAUUGUGCUGCCAUAUGAUCAACCAUUUUAUGAAGUAAAUAACGCAGCCCAUUGUGAAGCAUGCAGUCGCCAAAAGAUGACGACGGUCCAGCAUAAGCAACCAUCUCCUCCUGAAGAGUCGCCUGAAGUCAAAAGCCGAGAAAGCGAUCAUCCUUCACGGAUAUUGAGUCACCGAACGCGCGCAUUGCCCAAACUCGGUGGUUCCAAGAUUUGUCCUCGCUGCCGAGACAGUAUUGCGGUUAUGGAUGAUACUCCCGGUCCACGAGCAAGCCGUUGGCAUAAAAAAUGUCUUCGCUGUGCCGGAUGUUCCAAGCAAAUGGAUUCAGGCGCCAAGGUCACAGAAGGCGAAAACGGCGAAUGGCUUGUCUAUUGUCGAAAUUGUGCAUGCUUUGAUAAGAUGUAUGGACGAAAUGCCAAACUUGUCCGUUAGGAUUACUUCCUUACUUUGUUAAUCGCUGGAAAGCCGACAUAAUUAUUGUUGGAAAAGUAUGGAAUAUCACUGUUUGUAAGGAGACUUUCUCAUUAUAUAUAAAUGUCGCUAUCAUACCUCUUGUAUAAAUUUGAAUAGGUAAAUAAACCAUUGUCUAAAUAAAAG